AUGGCUGCAUCUAUCCUGGAGGUAUGGAAUAUACUUGAAUGUGAAGCUCGUUAUGGCUCCAGUUCUUUUGCUAUGCUAACCGCCACCUGCAAUAAGUUUGGAAGCCCUGUGAGGGACUCAGCCACACCUGGAAAGGCCGGCCCCGGCAGCACCGCUCCAGGCAAGAAGCAGUACGGCAUGACCUUAGACCUCCAGAAGAACGGCAGAGGAGGGGAGAGCAUUGAGAACUCCUACACUGGGUUGUUCAGCUCCGGAGGGGGGCUACUCACGCCCACCGAGAGUCCACCACCGUCUUCUGGGGGGUACUCAUCUGAGUACAACCCCUUCUCCCACUCCCUCCAGACCUCCAUGUCCCAGGAGCAGUCCUUGCUGGUGUCCAAGGCCCACGGCACAGCCGACUGUCUGACCAGCGUCUACACCUCCCUGGACAUGACCCACCCCUACGGCUCCUGGUACAAGGCUGGCAUCCACCCCGGCAUCACCGCCGCCCCAUCCAAUGCCACAUCCUCCUGGUGGGAAGUCCACCCCAACACCAACUGGUUAAGUGCUGCCCAGCCCCAGACCGACAGCCUCCAGGGCUCCCUCCAGCCCAUCCCUCCCCAAGCCUCCCUCAGCCCCCAGCUGCCCAGCUACGCCUCUGACUUCACCUCCAUCAACGCAGCUCAGUACCCCUCAGUGAGCCUGGGCUCCUCAUCACACCUCCUCCAGUCCUCCCAGCACAUGCUGCCUCAGGACAUGUACAAGCCCAAGCACGUGUCCGGCGGGGGGCUGAUGGAGAGUCAGAUGGGCCUGAAGCCUGCAGCUGGAUCACGAGGGUAUGGAGGAACCACCACUGGCAGGUCCUCCUGUGACUGUCCCAACUGCCAGGAGUUGGAGCGGAUGGGGGCCUCAGCUGCAUCCCUGAGGAAGAAGCCUGUCCAUAGCUGCCACAUCCCAGGUUGUGGGAAAGUCUAUGGGAAGGCCUCGCAUCUCAAGGCCCACCUCCGCUGGCACACUGGGGAGAGACCCUUCGUCUGCAACUGGCUGUUCUGUGGGAAGCGCUUCACACGCUCCGACGAACUGGAGAGGCACGUCCGCACACAUACGCGGGAGAAGAAGUUCACCUGCCUGCUGUGUAACAAGAGAUUCACCCGCAGUGACCACCUCAGCAAGCACCAGAAGACGCACGCAGAGUCUGCCCUGCAGCCGGGAAAGACCGGGGAGGGAGAGGCCCAGGACCCCAGGAAUGAGGAGAUGGCAGACCCCAAUAAACCCAACACGGCCGUGCAGAAUAAUGGAGGAGUCCCUAGUGACCCUACUAACAAAGGAGAGAAAACUGGUUCAGGCAAUGGGGUGGAAACAAGCAGUGGACUGCUGGAGAUCUAA